ACGUAUUUAUACUGGUCAGUCUACGAUGUCGCGGUGAAAGUCUCGAGUCGUCGUCGUCCCCCUCCCCGGUCUAGAUCAUGGAUGCUGUUUAAUGGGAACGAUGGGAUUAAGCAGACUGUUGUGGAUGUGGAGCGUCUCCCACGCUCUGCUGCCGGCGGGGUGUCGUAGCUCUGACGCGUUUCAAAUUGAAACCAAUCCGGUUUGAGUGCGGCGACCCCCUACCCCACCCAUCAGCCCCGCCUCACCGCACCCAGGCACCCCUCCACCAUCACAGUCUGCAGAGUCACAGACCCCGAUUCGGACCCAAAUCAAGACCCAGACCCGCUCAGGCAGCCCAGCACCCCCGUUAGCUUCGCGUAUCGCCGGUGUAUCUUGCGGGUUUAUCAGGUCUCUGAGCCGGGAUGAGUGCGGAGGGAACGACCGUGGACAUGAAGGAUGUGGAGCUGACUGAGGUGGAGCCGACCGAGAAGGAGGUUGAGCCGCCCGAGGUGGAGCAGGAGAAGGUGGUAGAGCCGACCGAGGUGGAGCAGGAGAAGGAGGUGGAGCUGACCGAGAAGGAGCAGGAGAAGCAGCCGAUGACCGGUGGGGGAGAGGCCACCAACGGGGACGCGGCGUCCUCCCCCGCCGCGGAGAACGGUAACGGCACCGUGAAGGUUCUUCUCCCCGAGGAGGAGACCGAAGCCAAGUUCACCGGUCUAUCGAAAGAGGAGCUGCUGCGCGUGGCCGGCACACCAGGAUGGGUGCGAACCCGCUGCGCGCUGCUGGCUCUCUUCUGGCUGGGCUGGCUGGGCAUGCUGGCCGGGGCGGUGAUCAUCAUCCUGCAGGCCCCGCGCUGCCGGACGCCUCCCGCGGUCAGCUGGUGGAACCAGGGCCCGCUGUACCAGAUCGGCGACGUCCAAGCCUUCGCGGACAACCUACCGGGCGUGCAGCAGAAGGUGAGCCAGCUGGCCAAGCUGAAGCUGAAGGGCCUGGUCCUGGGGCCCGUGCACGUGGCCCCGGAGGACCAACCGCAGCGCCUCGACUUCCACAACAUCUCCCCCGACGUCGGGAACCUCCGGCAGUUCAGAGACCUCCUGCAAGCGGUCCACAAGAAAAACAUGUUCUUGGUCCUGGAUCUGACUCCUAACUACCAUGGCAACCAGCCGUGGUACUCCAACAUCACCGUGACGACGGUCGCAGAGGAACUGAAGUCCGCCCUGAUGUUCUGGCUGAAGGAGGGGGUGGACGGGGUCCAGCUGGCGGGGGUGGAGCAGGUGAUGACCGCCGAGCCGUCUCUCUGGGCCGACAUCCGAGCCAUCGUCCAGAACCGCAGCGAUGACGUCGACACCAAGAAGGUCCUGGUGGGGGUGACGGACGGGGGGUCCGCCCCGGGGGUCUCCGCCCUGCUGGGCUCCAGCGGGGUGGACCUCCUGCUGUCGGACGUCCUGCGCUCCAACGCCGAGGACGCCACUGAGCGCGCUCAGUCCGUCCAGCUCCUGGUCGCCGCCCACCCGCAGGGUCGGCUGGCCUGGAACCUGGGGGGGCGGAGUCAGGGUCACCUGGCCUCGCUGGUGGGGUCGUCCGGGGUCAAAGGUCACCAGCUGCUGCUGUUCACGUUGCCGGGGACGCCCGUGUUCAACUAUGGGGACGAGAUCGGCCUGUUGGACCAGGAGACUAAGUUUCCCACAAUGCUCUGGGACUCGCCGGAAGCAGAGCAGGAGCUCAAUGGAACCGCAAAGGAGGACCAGGAGCGCCGGUCCUCCGUGCUCCAGGUGUUCCGGGAUCUGUCCGAGCUGCGUGCGGCCGAGCCGGCGCUGCUCUACGGGGACCUCCUCCUGCUGCACAACGCCUCCUCCUCGCUGGCCUACGCCCGCGUCUGGGACCAGAGCGACCGCUUCCUCGCCGCCUUCAACUGGGGCUCCGAGGAGGGCGUGGCCCUGGACCUGUCCCACCCCCUGCUGGGCCCCGAGGGCGUGGUCGUCAUGGCCGCCGGCGCCCAGGGGCCCGGGGCAGCGGGGCCGGGGGCCGCCGUGGCCCUGGAGGCCGUGCAGCUGGGCCCGGGACAGGCGCUGCUGAUCAAGGUCCCCUACCGCGGCUAGCGGGGGGGAGAGGAGGGGGCGGGGCUCCCAGGGGCCUCCCAUGAUGCACUGGAGAGAUAGAUGUAUUAAAGGGACGAUAUGUAACACACGACCAACACACGACCAUAUUAGGUCACAGGAGAUGGAGGAAACGUGCUUCAGCGCACUGCGCUCGUGUUCGUUAAGGGUCUUCAACCUGGCUCAGCGUCUCAAUGAUGUGAGCCUCGGCUGCAGUACCGGUUUUAAACACUAGGUGUCAAUGUUACAUAUUGAUCCUUUAAUAUCUAUAUAUUUAUAGAUGGAAAAUAUAUAUAUAUAUAUAUAUAUAUUCAUAUCUAAAUAUUAGGAUCACACAUAUGGAAUGGUAAGGUUAAGAAAUAGGAGUGUUAGUUUAGAGAUGGUUAAGUUUAGGUGUUAGGUUAGAAAAGGUUAAGUUAAGUGUUAGCUUGGAAACGGUCCGUUUAAAUAAGGGGUCACCCUUAUUUAAAUUUAUUUAGGAGUUAGUUUAGAGAUGGUUAGUUUAGGUGUUAUGUUAGUUUAGGAGUUAGUUUAGAGAUGGUUAGUUUAGGUAUUAUGUUAGUUUACGUGUGAGGUUAGAUAUGGUUUGUUAAUGUGUUAGGUUAGAGAUGGUUAGUUUAGGUGAUGAGUUAGAAAUAGUUAGUUUAGGUACUAGUUUAGAGAUUGUUAGUUUAGGUGUUAGGUUUGAAAUGGUUAGUUUUGGUGUUGGAUUAGAAAUGGUUAGUUUAGGUACUAGGUUGCAGAUGUUUAGUUUAGAUGUUAGGUUAGAGGUGGAUAGGUUAGGGAUGGUUAGUUAAUGUGUCAGGUUAGAGAUGGCUGGUUUAGGUACUAGGUUAAAGAUGGUUAGGUUUCGGCUAUGUUGUGGGAGAAAGCAAUGCAUCAUGGGAAUAAUCGCCAGAAAGGUUCAUCUUCAGAUCUUCAGUCAAACCUCUCCUCCCCUCUCCCCUCUCCUCUCCUCUCCUCCCCUCUCCUCCCCUCUCCUCUCCUCUCCUCCCCUCCCCUCCCCUCCCC